AGCUGAUACAGGCGAUCGAAAACUCAGGACUACCGCCGACCGCCGUCCGCGGCACUUUCAUAGAGUUUCUGAGUCGAGUGGGACGCUCCCGUAUGCGUACGUUCCUCACUUGCAUCUCUCACAACGCGAUACAUGUAAAUAAUGCACGGAAACACCAAUGCGAGAACUAUGUCGUCGAUAUGUGUUCUAGUGAAGUGCCUCUAAUUAAAGGAUAUGUAAAUUAACUAUGAUUUAUUGAUAUAGUUGUUUAUUGUUAGUGAAUAGUGAUGUAUUGUUUUUUGAUGUGAACCGCAGUAAAUAUGAAUAUUAGGAGGAAAAGUCACUCGGAAACUUCGGAAAAGCCAAAUAAAAAAAGACGGGUUUUGCGGCAAAAGCCAGCGAAAUUGGCACGUUUUGCCCGCGAAGGAGCCAGACCUAAGCAGACUUCGGAAAACUCUACAAUAAACUUCAUCCAUGGAGGGUGCGAAAUUUCGUCGUGCCGUGACGAAACGGCGUGCGUCCAGUAUAACGAUGAGUUACAUUAUUGUGCUUGCACAUCAAAUGGGGAACCAGCUAAGGAAGGCAACUCAUGCCCCAGAAGCACGGGAUCGCUGUCAUAUUUGAAGAAGGGUUUGGGGGUCGGGCGUCAGUACUCAACCCAUACCUAUGCGAAACAAAGCAGCACUGGGCGGCUACUUGAAGGUGGUUUUCCGUUAAACUUCAUCCAUGGAGGGUGCGAGACAUCAUCGUGCGGUGCAGAAGCGGCGUGCGUCCAGUACAACGACGAGUUACAUUACUGUGUAUGUACCUCAAAUGGGGAACCAGCCAAAGAAGGUGUUUCUUGCCCCAGAAGUACAGUACCUCUUACUCAACGCCAGGCCAUCCACAACGUGAUCCCUCCUCGACCAUCAAAUGCCAGCGAGACCAGAGCGUCGUACGCAGCAUCCCCGCCUCCCCAGGGAGUGAAUUCUCAAUCAAGUGGUGAAAUACUGACGGACGCCACCGGCACCGACUCCUCAUUUAUCGGUGCAGGGUUGUACGCUAGCACCAGCGCUCCCUUCAUCAUCAGCACCGUCGCAGGAUGCGCCUUCCUCUUAAUCCUCAUCUUCGUCAUGGUCUUCUAUUUGAGGAGGCGAAUCUGUGAAGUCGAUAGAAAAGUGAAACAGCGUGUACGGCCCGGCGAGCCACUGCUUGCUGACCGGUAUAUAACGAACCCGCAGUACGGCGUGUGCGGAGCGGCGACGGCACCGCUGAGCGCCCCGGGUUCACCAGCACCGCAUCACACAGCUGCUGAUGACAAGGAGCCGGAAGUCACUCUGCUCGAGAGGAGUGCGCUCACCUUCUUAGAAGAAGCUGGGGAGGGCUGCUUCGGGAAAGUACAUAAAGGUGUUCUUCGUGUCAAUAAUGGCGAGCAGGUAGUUGCCAUCAAAGUGCUGAAGGACAGUGCCGGUCGUAACGCUAAAGAAGACUUUAUCCGGGAGGUGUCAAUCAUGUCUGCUUUCCGCCAUUCAAAUAUAUUAAGUCUAAUUGGAGUUGUUUACAGAGAUGACAUCAACGCUAGUCCCUGGAUGGUUUUCGAAUAUAUGGAAUGGGGCGAUUUAGCUGGGGUCCUACGUGGGUCCCGAGGCGUAGGAAGAGUAGGACCAAACAUAGACGAUACAGAUUUAUUAAGAAUUGCACUACAAGUAGCCCAUGGUAUGCAAUAUCUUGCCUCCCGAAGAUUUGUCCACAGAGACUUAGCUGCACGGAACUGCUUAGUUGGGGCGAACCUCUCAGUUAAAAUUGCAGAUUUCGGCAUGUCCCGAGAUGUUUACACGUGUGAUUAUUACAAAAUGGGCGGUGAAAGACCAAUGCCAGUGCGUUGGAUGUCUCCAGAAAGUAUUGUUUAUGCUCGAUUCACCCAUGAAUCGGAUGUGUGGUCGUAUGGAGUUGUUUUAUGGGAAAUUUACAGUCGUGGGAAACAACCAUACUAUGGAUGCAAUAACGAAGAUGCUACCAAAAGAAUUAUUAAUGGAAUACUGUUAGUACCACCCGAAGACUGUCCACAAUUUGCCUGUAGAUUGAUGAGAGAAUGCUGGGCCACUGAUCCCAGGCAUAGAAUUGGCUUCGAUGAGAUAUGUAAGAAGCUAGAGAUAGCCGCAGCCUCAGGGGGAACCAAUACGCAGAUAAGAUUGCCAAGACCACCGCCCACUCCCCAAGAUUCCACAGGAUAUUUAAUUCCCACCAUAACGACGGGCAAUGAUUAUUUAAAGCCCCUUCCAGAUCUCGAUCCCGAUUCUGAAUCAAGUGAGGACGAGGAUAUCGAUGACUAUACCUGACGACCCGCCCCCGUACCAGCAUCACAGUACAUGCUACGGUCUUCCCCAAUGGCAGCCCCGAAUUCAAGUGCAUUCACAUAUAUUUUGUCCCGAAUUAAUGAUGAACAACUAUGAGUUGAAAUUUAGCCGAUAUAUUGUGGAAAUAAAUACUCAAUAAUAUUAUAUUAGGUACUAUGUGUGUUUUUGUACAUAUUGUUUUAUAUCAAUUCAAUCGUAUAGUUAUAAGUAUAUAUGUGUACUGCAGCUGUUAUAAAGGUACAAAUUUAUACCUAGUUAUUUAAUUUAGGUAACGUGCCAUAGCUUAACCAAAAAUGUAUAUAAAUAGAUCUAAGGAUAUUAAUGUAAAUUAUAGCAAAUCGACUUAUUAAUCGUAACACUAAUGUAACGUAACGUUUUUGUAUAUAAGUUUAUUUAUGCUUCUUUUCAAAAAAUUUAUUUUCGGCGCUUUAAUGGAUACAUCUAUCCGGAAACGCUCCUGUGAUUACUCUGGUGUUACAAGAGAGUAUGGGCUGCGGUGAUCACCUACCAUAAUGCUCUGUGCUCGUUUGCCCUCCUCUUCCAUAUAAAAAAGUGAAAUCAUCAUAAGCGGCCCUAGCACUAAUUUGUGGUUGAAAGUUUCAUUCGAAUAAAGUCUGCUCGAGUCGAAGGAGCGUGCUCAGGCAGAGUAAAAAUUACAAAAUUAUUUUAAACAACUAUAAAUUUAUAUUUUUGUAAAUGUUAUUACUUAAUUAUAUGAUAAUAGAACAAAAAAUGUCGUAUUUCGUAUUAGCCUUACCUUUAAAAGUUUCCACUUCUACUGUGUGGUCGUUAGACCCCAUCCUGGUGAUCGUGUUAAGGGUACGUCAAACUAAUAAAAAAUAUUGUAUUUUCAGCGGUUCUUGAUACAUAUUUUACAAAUAAUCAAGCAAAUUGAGGGAGUAUUGCGGUUUAAAAAAUUUAUCUAUUUCACAUAAUUUUUGUGGUUACCCUAGGAUAGGAUGAAGUAUAUACCAGGAUAUGACCUGCAAAUAAUAAUACCGUGCAUGAACGACAUCACAAUAUACAUUAAGUGUUAAGAAACAAAGGAUGAGAACAAUAUUUUGUGGCUUUUUAAAGGUUUCUGCUUUUUUUGUUGUUCGCAAGUAAAGAUUGUCUUACGCGUCGGUUGUCAUCUUAAUUUAUGUAUAAAUUCUCCGGGACUCACAGUAAAAUAGAAAUUAACUCAAAAGGUAAUACAGUGGCUAUAUACAAAAUAACUAAUCAUAAGAAAAAUUGUGAUAUGUUAUAAGUUGGCCUGUGAAAGACAGAAGAAAAUAUAACUUAUACCUAAUACGUCAGUAGAAUUUUUUGUUGAUAUAUUCCUUGCUUUGUAAUAAGAUCAAUAUAAAAAAAUGAGCAGAAUAUUAACACGUGAUAAAGAUUUCGAUAAGUUUAGAAAUUUUUUGACAUAAUCAGUGUAGCUUUAACCGAAUCAGUAGUAAGUUCAAAUUAACAUUCUCAGAACAAAGGCUAAGUUUGUCCAUCAUAUUCUACUGCUUUUUAAUUUGUCCGAAUUAUACAAGUCCCUUUCGAGUGUACGAAUCCAGAAAUCCCGUUAUUAGAUACUUCAUCCUAGGUGGCUAUAUAUAGGUACGUUAUACCACGGAGUAGGGAUGGAUACUUAGGUAUUAAUUUAUACUGAAAGUGCAACUUCUUGUAAUAUUAUUCUACAAUAAAUAAUUCUUAUCAA